AAAAAUAAAAAUAUCCAACCCCAUAUCUCCAUUUUUUUUCUUGAUCUUAAUUGGGUUUAAUGGAUUCAUCAAUUAUAAUUAAUGAUGAUGAUGAACCUCAAGUAGAAGAAGAUCAAUUAAUUAAUUAUACUUCUUCAUCAUCUAUGGUUGAGACAAGUUCAAGCCUUGUUUCAAGAAGUACAACUAAUCAUUUUGUUAUGGGCAAACAUCGUAUGGCUGCUGCUAUUUCUUCUCUUGAUCAACAAAUCCUAUUUAUUCAGGAAGAAUUGGACAAACUUGAAUCAUAUGGAGAGGCCUCUAUAGUAUGCAAAGAAUUUAUUUCAGUGGUAGAAUCCAAACCAGAUGCUCUGCUUCCAGUGACAAAAGGGCCAGUAGAUGUUAAAUGGGAUAGAUGGUUUCAAAGAGCCAAUGGGUCAAAACGUAACAAACGGUGGAUCUAAGUUUCUAUAUAAAUGAAAGAGAUA